GGCCCCGCCCCUACGUCGCCCCUCCCGACGCCCCCUGCCCCCACCCCAUGGGGUCCUAGCGGGCUACUUCCUGUCCUCUGUUUGUGAUCCGCCCAGGUUGCGGCCCCUGAAGGAGGACAGCAAAGGUGGCCCAGGACACAGAGGCUCCAGGAAGCUGAGGGGCAGAAGCCAGAGCCUCAGGACAGAGCUGCAGCCCUCCUCCCAUCCCAUGCACAAGCAGACUGGGCUCCUGCAUCUGACUCUGGAGGGAAGAACCUCUGGAGAUAUCUUCCAAUAAUGACCCUUUUGCAACCCCAAUGAUAGAAGGAAAUCCCAGUGACCUUCCUGGACACCAGUGACCUGAGCACAUUGACUGGGGAGGCUAUGUUGAGUUUUCAUAGCAUCAGCUAUCGAGAGACAGUGCAGAGUGGUUUUCCAUUUUGUAAAACAACAGAGGUGAAAGAAAGACUAUCUAAUAUCAAUGGCAUCAUGAGACCUGGCCUCAAUGCCAUCAUGGGACCUGAAGAUGGGAGCAGAUCUUGGUUACUAGAUGUCUUAGCUGCAAGGAAAGAUCCACGUGGAUUAUCAGGAGAUAUUUUGAUAAAUGGGAACCCUCGGCCUGCUAAUUUCAAAUGUACUUCUGGUUAUGUACCACGAAAUGACAUGGUGAUGCACACGGUGACUGUGAGAGACAAUGUAGAGUUCUCAGCAGCUCUUCGACUCCCAGUGAGUGUAACAGGAGAUGAAAGAAGAAGGCGAAUUGAUGAGGUCCUUGAACUUCUGCAUCUGGAAAACGUGGCAAAUGUCAAGCCUAGAUCUAAGGAGCUCAGGAAAAGGACCAGUAUAGCAAUGGAGGUGAUCACCGAGCAUCCCAUUCUGUUCUUGGAUGAUCCCACCACUGGCUUAGACUUGAUCACUAUGACUGAUAUCAUCUCGGUCCUGAGAAGGAUGUCUAUGAGGGGACGGACAAUCAUCUUCUCCAUUAAUCAGGCUCAGUAUUCCAUCUUCAGAUUUUUUGAUAGCCUCACCUUAGUGGCCUCAGGAAAAGUUAUGUAUCAUGGCCCUGCACAAGAGGCGUUGGAAUACUUCACAUCCGCAGGUUACAUAUAUGAUUCCCACAACAACCCUGCAGACUUCUUCUUGGACAUCAUUAAUGGAGGUUUCUGUGCUAUAUUAGACACAGAAGAAGAAGGCCAUGAUGCUGACAAGUACGAAGAGCUUUCUGAGAGACGGCACCAAGUCACAGACGAAUUAGCCACCAUGUAUGCCCAGUCCUCCUUACACAGAGAAAUCAGAGCUGAACUGGACCCGCUCUUGGGGGAACAGAGGGCAAGGAGGAGCUCAGCCUUGGAGGAGGUCACGUGCGUCACCCCUUUCUGGCAUCAGCUCAGAUGGAAUAUCUCUCAUUUAUUCAAAAAUUGCCUGGGUUUUCCAGAAGUCACUGUGAUUCAGGCAAUGAUAAUAGCCGUACUGUCAGUGAUUGUGGGUACCAUUUUCCAUGUCCUAAAAAGUGAUUGUAAUGAAGUCCAGAUCAGAGCCAACCUGCUCUUCUUCCUCACAGUCUUCCAGACUAUCACAAGUGUGACUGCUGGGGAGCUCUUUGACAUCGACAGGGACCGCUUUCUACAUGAGCAUACCAGUGGAUACUACAGAAUGCCACCAUAUUUCCUUGGGAAAUUGCUGGCUGAGCUGGUACCCAGGAGAUUAUUGCCAAGUAUUAUAUUUACUGUUAUAGUAUUCAGCAUAGCAGUUUAUCUCAGGUCUAUCACUAUUUUACACGAACUUCUUGCAGAACAUCUCAUGGAUGCAGUACGUCAGCAUUCCUCAUUAUGGAUUUACAGCUUUGCAGCACAAUGAGUUUCUGGGACAAACCUUCUGUACAGAAUAUAACACAGCAGAAGUCAGUAGAUGU